CUCUCUUAUGGCGUUUGUUGUUAAAACGCUGGUUUUGCGAUUCACUGAGUGGUUUCGUUUGUUAAGGCGAAGUCUAACAGUGUUAGACAAACUGUCAAAAUUUAAGAAAAUCUAAGCAAGUAAUUAAAGAUAUUAUUUAAUUAAAUUACUUCAAUUAAAGUCUUGUGAUUUUAAAUAGCACGAGAUUUGUUUCCAAAACAAAGUCGAAAGAACAAUGUGGGAAUACAACAGAUAAGAUAAUGCAAGCAACUUGUAAAAAAAAUUGUCGGAUAUGCAGAAAAACGUUUUACUUAUUUCAAUAAUGAUAGUAAUGUUGACAACAAAAGCUAGCAGCAUUCACAAACCUUUGGAAAGAAGCAAUAAAAUUAACCAUUUAGCAAUCAAUUCCAAUAGCACCUUUAAAAAAGAAAACCACAAGUUUAAUUUACGCAAUAAAUACGUUAUUCACAUGAGUUUGUUACAUCGGGCUGCAGCCGAGUUAAAAAAUGUUCUUAAAAAAAAAACUUUGACUUCAGCAACAAAAUCUUUUAUUUUGCACAAGAUUUUUGAUUCUAAAGGUGAUCCAAGAAAAGACUUAUUAGCUAGAGAAAUAUUCCGAGAGGCGAUGACACCCUCUUAUCCAACAAACGGUGUUACAGGAGAUUUAGGCGCAGAGCUGCUUAAGUUAUCUGUGUACUCUAAAAAUAAUUUUAUUUCAAAUAAAGCCUCUAAAAAAUCUUUUAGGAGUUUCAGAAACCUUACACGGGUAAACUCUAAUUCAUUCGCUAAAAUAGACCCUUAUGUUGUUCCUUAUGUUGUUUCUCAUUUAAGCAGGCGAAAGAUUGAACAGCAAAUCAGACAUAAACUUAAAGAAGUUUUGCGUAAACAACACACUUCACCUGGGUUACAAAAAAAAUUAUCAGGGUUAUUAAAAAACAAUAGAACUUUGCUAAAAUCAAAAAAAGGCAUAGAGUUUUAUGAAAUAAAAAAUACUCCAAUGAGAAAGAUUCACAAACCAAAAUAUUUAACUAAUAAAAAAAUCUCCAAUUCGGGUAUAGCAAUCAAAACUAGUAACAAAGAUAAAAACCAAAAAACAAUAAUAUCUGUUAAGUCAAAUAAACUGGAAAAUAAUUCAAAAAUAAUAGAUAAGCAACGUCACUUAGAUAAACAACGUCAGCGUAAAGAUUUUGUCAUUGAACUUGACGACGACAAUGAUGAACAAAGGGAUUUCGAUCCAAUAUUAUCGCUUAUUGAGAGGUACGCAGAAUCACAUAACCAUGAUUUUUCUGUUGUUGAUGAAGAUGAAAAUAACGAUGAACUAAAAGAUAUUGAAGAUGGGUUUGUCACUGCAAAACGCCGUAAAUUUGGUGAAAACUUGUUCUUUAACUCAUUUAACGAACAAGAAAAAGACGAAGAAGAAGAAGAAAUGCUUAAUAAUAGGUUUAAUAAUUUGAUUGGCCCUAGUGACCAGAUUGCAGGAGAUCAGUUUUAUUCUAACCGUGAGUUAGGUAUGUUAAAUGACGAAGAAGCUACAGAAUACGAAAACCCACCAAUUUAUGAUGAUAUAACUGACUCAGAUGUUGCUUUUGAAAAAAGUGAAGAAGAAAAAAGAAGAAGAAGCAGAGUAUAGUUUUUCAAAGCAAAAAUCAAAACAAAAUAAUUAUUAUGAAUACAUUCAGGGUUAUACUGUCAUAUUGUCUCUUUCAGAUGCUAUUGUCAAUGUUUUGGCCCUCAAUGUUUUCCGAUUAUUGCUUGUGAGAUUUUUUUUUUUAAUAUGAUUUACGUAUUUA